UAUCAGCUGAACUCUUAGCAAUUGCAAGCCAUUUCUCCUUAUCUCUAAGGAUAUCGCCUACAUUUGAUUUACCAAUUCCGAAUUUAUCACCAAUUUCUUCACAUGUCUUGCUUGAAUUGGCAUUCUUAUAUUCACAUAAUUCUUUUUUUUUGAAUAUUAAUGAUAAGUUUAUUUCCUUUCCAGAUGGUGUGAAUAUCUUUGAUAGUAAAGGUUUUGGAUCUGCUUUCAUAAUUCGUGAAUGUUAUAAAGAUUUGUGGAAAUUAAUCACUGAAGAUAAAAAUUAUAAUGGCUGGAUUGUCACCAGAAAUCCUGGCAUUGGAAAAUCAAUGUUUGGUUUUUUUCUUUUGAUAUAUUUGGCUAAACAGGGGAAAACUGUGAUAUAUGAACAUUUCUUAAUGAAGGAUCAACAUAAAUUUCAACCUGAUGUUCCAAAAACUCUGGAUAUAAAGGCAAAAAAGGUUUUUAUUGGCUCUCCAGAUAAUGAGGCCAUGAAACAAUUUCAAAAAGAGUCUGAUACUGCAAGUGAAUUGAUAAUGCCCCCAUGGACAAAGGAAGAGAUAAUGGAUAGCCAUAGAAAUAUUUAUAGUCAUAUUUCUGAAGAUAUGGUCAACAAACAAUAUGAUUUGUGGGGAGGUAUCCAUAGCAUUGAUAGUAGUAACAGUAGGGAAAGAGAAAUCAUUGAUAAUAGUAACAGUAGGGAAAGAGAAAUCAUUGAUAGUAGUAACAGUAGGGAAAGAGAAAAUGGAGAAACAUCAUCAAUGAGCAUCACAAAUAAUCAAAUAAUAUCAACAUCAGAGAUUCCAAGAUAUAAUUUUCGCACCAGGAAACCUCAAGAUUACAAUAUUGGAUUUCCACCCAGAAAACGCCACUGUAAAAAUAAAUCUGUAAUAGAUUCAUUGACAUCACCACUACUACCAACAUCAUCACCAAAUACGCCACCUUAUUCAUCUAUCUUUUCAGAUGAAGGAUCUGAGGAACAAUGUGCAGAAUGUAUUAUUCAUUGUCCUCGCUAA